AUGUUGAUAUCUAAUAUGACAUUCACAAAGGGGGUUGGAACACCAAAGUAUAUGGCGCCUGAGAUCUUAAAUAGAAAACAUUACACUGAUUUGGCUGACGUGUAUUCGUUUGGAAUUACUUUCUUGGAAAUAAUGAAGUGGGAAGACGCUUUCCCUAAAGAGAAGUUCAAAAUGGCGUGGGACAUAGCAGACUUCGUAGCAGCUGGUAGUGUCUUACCAAAGCCAAUUAAUGUCUCAGACAUCGAUUACAAAGUCUUUUUAAGUCUGACCUGUAAAUAUGAAAAUAGAUGUCAAAUGAAAGAAGUCGUCCAAAAAUUAGAACAAUUAUAA